AUGAAUGGAAUUUUCGGCUACAUUAACUACCUGGUUGAGAAGGAUAGGAAAUUUAUCCUCGACACUCUCGUAAACGGUCUUUCCCGUCUAGAGUAUCGUGGAUAUGACUCGGCCGGUUUAGCUGUCGAUGGCGACAAGAAGAACGAAGUUUUCGCCUUCAAGGAAGUGGGCAAGGUUGCCAAGCUCAAGCAGCUCAUUGAGGAGUCCAAACCAAACCUCACCAAGAUUUUCGACUCACAUGCCGGUAUCGCCCAUACUCGAUGGGCUACUCACGGCCCUCCCUCUCGGCUGAACUGCCAUCCCCACCGAUCCGACCCCACAUGGGAAUUCUCAGUCGUCCACAAUGGCAUCAUCACCAAUUACAAGGAAUUGAAGACCCUCCUUUCCGCAAAGGGCUUCAAGUUCGAGACCGAGACCGACACUGAGUGCAUUGCGAAACUCGCAAAGUACCUGUACGACCAACACCCCCAAAUUGACUUUGUCGAUCUCGCGAAGGCCGUUAUUACUGAGCUCGAGGGUGCCUAUGGCUUGCUGAUUAAGUCUGUACACUACCCCCAUGAGGUCAUUGCUGCUCGCAAGGGUUCGCCCCUUGUUAUUGGCGUCAAGACCCAGAGGCGCAUGAAGGUCGACUUCGUCGAUGUUGAAUACUCUGAGGAGAAUGGCGUUCUGCCGGCUGAGGCCGCCUCCCAGAACGUUGCCUUGAAGAAGCAAACUGGCAACUUCCUGGCCCCUAACGCCCUGCUUGGUGCUGCCGACAAGUCUCUCCUACACCGCUCGCAGUCCCGCGCUUUCAUGACCGAUGAUGGUUUGCCCAUGCCAGCCGAGUUCUUCCUCUCGUCUGACCCGUCUGCUAUCGUAGAGCACACCAAGAAGGUCAUGUACCUGGAGGAUGACGACAUUGCUCACAUUCAUGAGGGCUCGCUGAACAUUCACCGUCUCAAGAAGGCUGAUGGUAGCUCCAAUGUCCGAAACAUCCAGACCCUCGAGCUCGAGCUCCAGGAGAUCAUGAAGGGUAAGUUCGACCACUUCAUGCAGAAGGAAAUUUUCGAGCAGCCCGAGUCUGUCGUCAACACCAUGAGAGGUCGUCUCGACAUCGAACACAAGUCUGUUACGCUCGGUGGUCUGAGGUCGUACAUCGCAACCAUUCGCCGAUGCCGACGUAUUAUUUUCAUUGCUUGCGGAACGAGUUACCACUCUUGCAUGGCUGUUCGGGGUAUCUUCGAAGAGCUUGCAGAGAUUCCGAUCGCUGUUGAGUUGGCUUCCGAUUUCCUCGACAGAGAAGCGCCGGUUUUCCGUGACGACACAUGCGUGUUCGUUUCGCAGUCCGGUGAGACGGCGGACUCGCUGAUGGCUCUCCGAUACUGCUUAGAGCGUGGUGCCCUUACCGUUGGUAUCGUUAACGUCGUCGGUUCUUCUAUCUCGCUCCUCACUCACUGUGGUGUCCACGUCAACGCUGGCCCCGAAAUCGGUGUUGCAUCAACCAAGGCUUACACAUCUCAAUUCAUUGCCAUGGUCAUGUUCGCUCUGUCGCUUAGUGAGGACCGAGCGUCCAAGCAGAAGAGGCGGGAGGAGAUCAUCGAGGGUCUCUCUAACAUCUCUGCGCAAAUCAAGGAUAUCCUGACGCUAGACCAAUCGAUCAAGGAGCUCUGCUCAAAGACGUUCAAGAACCAGAAGUCUCUGCUGCUCCUAGGACGUGGCAGCCAAUAUUCGACUGCUCUCGAGGGCGCCCUCAAGAUUAAGGAAAUUUCUUACCUUCACUGCGAAGCUGUCAUGUCUGGUGAAUUGAAGCAUGGUGUGCUAGCUCUGGUUGACGAAAACCUCCCCAUCAUCAUGAUCCUAACCCGUGAUAACCUAUUCACGAAGUCUCUCAAUGCUUACCAACAAGUUGCUGCUCGUGGUGGAAAGCCCAUCGUCAUCUGCAACCCUGGCGACGAAGAAUUCCAAGCUAGCCAGGCGCAGAAGAUCGAAGUACCCAAGACGGUCGACUGCCUGCAAGGCAUUCUCAACGUCAUUCCUCUGCAACUAAUUGCCUACUGGCUAGCUGUUAUGGAGGGCCUCAACGUCGACUUCCCACGCAACCUUGCCAAGUCGGUCACGGUCGAAUAA